CGAGUCCCGAUUCGUGGGUCGGAUCGAAAAGCAUUGAGCACGGGAAAGGAUGGCGUUCUCCCCGUGCCGCCUCCUCCAUCUCGUUCGCCGUCACCGGACCCUCGCCACCGCUGCUUCCUCCUCCCGGGCCGUCGCCGUGUUCUGGGACCUCGAUAACAAGCCGCCCAACACCAUCCCGCCCUACGACGCUGCCGUCCGCCUCCACCUCGCCGCCGCCUCCUUCGGCCCCCUACGCUUCUCCGUCGCCUACGCCAACCACCACGCCUUUCGCCACCUCCCUGCCCCCGUCCGUGCCGCUCGCGCCGAACGCCGUGCUGCCGACCACCUCGAGGCUGCGAAACCCUCCCGUGUCCCCUCCUACCUCUGCCGCGUCUGCGGCCGCCGCUUCUUCGCCCACGCCAAGCUCGUCAACCACUUCAGGCAGAUCCACGAGCGCGAGCAGGAGAAGCGCCUCCGCCGCAUCGACUCGGUCACCGGCGGCCGCAGGGUCCGGCUCGUGGCCGCGCUGUCGCUGAAGAUGGAGAAGUACAAGAAGGCCGCGAGGGAACUGUUGACCCCCGAAGUCGGGUACGGACUCGCCGACGAGCUCCGCCGGGCUGGGGUUGUGGUCCGGACUGUCGAUGACCGACCGGAGGCGGCCGACCGGGCGCUGAGAGAGCACAUGGUGGAGACGAUGGAUCGGGGGAAGGUUGGAUGCUUGGUGUUGGUCUCGGACGAUUCCGGGUUUCUUGGAGUGAUGAGAGAGGCCAGGAUGAGGUGUUUGAAGACGGUUGUGGUGGGGGACGAGGGCGACGGGGCAUUGAAGAGGUACGCAGAUUCAGCGCUGUCAUGGAAGGAUGUAGUCUCGGGCAAGGCAAAGAAGGAGGCGGCCAGUGCAGUGGGCAGGUGGAAAGAUCGGGAUUUACUGAAGAAAUUAGAGUGGAGGCAUAUGCCAGAGGAAGAGGAAGGCGAAAGUGAUAUUUUUGAUGAUGACAGUGACGCUGGGGAUGAGGAAGAUGGGUGCCUGGGCUUGGUGGGAGAGAGAGAUAAGAAACCUUGGUGGAAGUUGAAUUCAGAUUCAAAUGAUCUACAUUAAUAAAUCAUCUUGAGAGGGGUUAUCAUUCAUACAAGAAAAGCACUAAUGUAGUGUAUGAGAACUGAUUUCUGUCGAGGAAUAUGCACUUCUCAAGUUCUCCAACAAAGAGAUCAUUUAGAAAUACUGGAUAAUUGGGGUAAGGAUGCAAUAAGGAUCAUCCUGAAACGGGUUGCCAUCUGUAAAGAGAAACACUGAUGUAGAAUGUGGGAACUUAAUUGCUGUGGAGAAAGAUGCAAUUCUUGAGUUUUUUAGCAAAGAUAUAUCCUUCCAGAAAGACUGGGGGGAGGUUCGGAUUUCAUAUUUGUGAGUAGGUUGCAAAUGCGGACUUCUCUGGAUGUAGUUUGUUGAUAAUUUGUUUCAAUGAUGCAACUUGACCUGUUCAUCGGAUUACCAUCUUGUGGUAAAGGGGGGAGAAAACUGCAGGUUUGAUAAUCUAAUUCUAUUGGAGGAGUUGAUUUCAGCCAGCAAUGUGUUCACUGGUGCUGACCAGCUUUUGCACAUAAACUUCCUCUUUCUCUUCAGGUACUUUUUCAAGCUGACAUGCAAUAAGAGGAUGUAGAAGAUUCAAAUCGACUUCAUCAGAGGAAGGAGGAAUAGAACCUUCGAUUAAUGGACAAAUUUUGCCCUAAAUAAUCCUCAAAGUUGGAAAAUAUGUGUCUGGUUGAAAAUUGUGGAAAUUAUUCUGCUCUAUUUGUUCACAAGAAAGCUAAGUUUUAUAUUGAAUAUCAGAAAUAUCUUUGCAGAAAAAUUCAGCUUCUCGUUAAAGCAAUGUUUCUCACAAAGAAUCCCUCAAUCAACCAGUUCAUCUUCUCUCAUGUCAGAAGAACUUUGUUGCUUUUUUCCUUUCCUAAACACACACUAAUUGCUGGAAAUACUGCCUGAGUUACAGUGACUGUUUGUGCUUUUCCCAUAAUUUUGAAUGCUUCAACUGUUCUAGAUUAAAAUAUUGGCUUAGUUGAUUGAUGUCUUGUCCUUAUAAUCAAAUUGGCUAAUUGUUACUACCAGCCUCUCUGCAAGUAUAUUGAGGCAAAUCUUGGAAGAUUUUUUGGUGCCCUGCAAAGGGAGAAGCAUAAACAUGUAUAUUGUGAUUUGUCUUUUUAUCAUGGAACAAUAUUACUAUUUUGGAUACUGUCCCUAGCAUAGACUACACGAAAAGAAAUCAAGUAGGAAGUUCCACUAUACUUCAUUCCCAUCAAUUCCUAGCAGAUAUCUUCCUUUUGUUGUUGUCCAUGACUCCAUUCCACCGUAUGAGCACAUUACCAACCUAUUCUUCUUUUCCUCUGUUCUGUUAUUAUGUAAAUGUGUAAAGGUAUGAUUAGCAAAACUGAUGGUUGCUUUACCGAUAGCCUGUAGUAGUCAUUCGUGUAGAAGUCCUCUCGAUCAUUGUCAUUAUUGACUGUACCUUCAAUCUGGGAUCAUCUGCGAUGCACACAACACUGGACACACAAAUAAAAGCAUUCCCAUGAAAUUGUUAAAGAAGGUUGAUGGUAGAGUGUCCAUAGAAGAUUUGUGCGGUAUUUCUGACCAUCAACAUGAUGCCAGCUCCUUGAAGGACACAGACUAAUAAGGAAGAGUUGGUAGGAUUUAUUUAAUGAUUUGUAAUAAAGCAUUACGUGAAGCAUUCAGAAAAUUGUAUCAAGCUAAUCAAGAAUUUGGAUAAAGGGUGAAAUAGAAAACUAUUUCAAAGUUACAAGCAAACUAAUGGACUUAGAAAUGUUGAGAUCUUUUGUUGUGUUCUAUAGUUGAUUUACAAGUAAACUAAUGACUAAUAUAGGAUGCUUGUCUGUGUAAUUGAUGGUCUAGAAUAGAUAGGUAUAACUGGUAUGAUAUUGACUUCAGCAACUUUCCAGUUUUUUAGGAAAAUAAACAGGAACUGCCAAGCUGACAUUAAUUGCUUUGAGAGAUUGAAAUGGACAAAACCAACCGCAAAUAGGACUUGGUCUCUACAGUGUACAAAUUCUUUGUGAACUUGCACCAAUUUCUCCGAUGAUUGUAAGUCAGACCCAAGUAUUAGCUCACUCUGAUACCUUGAUAUCCUUUUCUUUUGUUCAUUUCAUAUGAAAAUCAAUCUACAAAGCAUACUUUCCUUGAGUCAGGCCCACACCAAUGUGUCUGACAGAUAUAGCUCAAGAAAUCUAUUGAAGCUACUGAUUGCUUCUUGCAUUGCUUUUAUUGAAACUGAUAUGAGAAUAUCCUGGAACAACAUCUUGUAUUUCUUUGUGACCUUUUUUAAUGAUUAUAUUGAACACAUUCUUCAAAUAUACUGCUUCCAUAUAUAUUUGGUCCUUCAGAGGAUCAGUUGUCAGUUAUCUUCUCUCAUUUUGUUGUGUGUGUGUGUUGAUGGUGAAUGACACGAUGAAGGUGAUGAUUUCGCUAAGCCCAACACCACGAUCUUGAGCCUCUGUUGCAAAUAUUUGUGUAGAAAGCCAGAAAUGAAGCUGUUUUUGUGGAAUUGAACCAGUGAACUCUACACGGUAUGGAUCUCCAGUAUGACCAAGGAUCUCCCAGCUCAGUUGAACUCUAAAGGCCAUUCUCUCCGAAGGCAGACUUGGGUUUGUUGAGACUUGGUUGAGUUGGCAUAACCUGAAUUUUGAUUAUUCUUACAUCAAUUUAGGUGAUAAGAGUGUUCUGCAUUCUAAGAAGUGUUGAUGGUGUGCUCAUCUUUGCAAGGUGUCCUUUGAAAAGUCCUAAAAUUUGUUCUCUUAUGUGAAGCCUUGGCACUCAAGGACAUAUUUCAGCAGGCUCUUGAUGAAGGAAUCACAUAUAUUUGGGCCAAAACUGAUUCAGAAGUUCUGAUUCAAAUUAUAGACCAUACUUGUGCACCAUGGCAGAUUAGCCAUGAAAGAUAUUUUUUUUUUCUUUGAAUUGCUAACUAAAACUGGGAUGUGUGGAUCAAAUCAAUGGAUCUGAUAACAUGGCACAUUGUUAGUGUAGAAAGAUCAUAAAUUUGGAUCUUCUAUUGGUCUUAGCACUUCCGUGAAAUUCACUGCAGGAAAAAAUAGUUGAUUUCAUGAAGUGCUUCAUGGUUUGACCACAAAAUCCAUACUUCAAUAUUCCAAUUUUAGGAUUUGCUGUAAAUACAAUAAUCAACCGUUAUAUUACUUCUAAUUUCUUCCCACUGUUUGAGAGAGAUUAUAGAAGUGGACAUGAGGAGGAUUUUACACCAAGUUUAAAUCACCCAAUAAAGGAUUUGAUGCACUUGAGAUUCAAAUGCUUCUUGUUCAUGCUUGUCUAUACUUAAUCUCUGAUAUGUGCAUGACUGUGUAGUAGGCUUUUCUAUAGAGAGCAAAUCUACCAAAGCAUCAAAAGCCUUAGCAGCAUCUUUUGGUGCUCUACAGACAAGGCGUACGGAGUCCCUGGGACACUGUUGGUGGAGCCUUUCUAUGAUAUGUUGCUUGCAAUGAAGGAGGAGAAACUUCCUCGAGCUCAUAUAAUACCAAGGUACACUCUUGAUGACAGAGACCACUGUCUCAGAUUCAGCCAAAUUGAAGUUGGUAGUGAUUGGCACUGUCUCAGAUGCAAGUAAAGGUAAUGCCCAGUAUCAUUAAUUACAUCUUUUGCAAGUUCUAGAUCAUGAUGUUAUGAUGUGCCUCAUUUUUUCUGAACUUUGCUGAUCACAUCAUGGACUGUAGCUUUAUCUUCACAAUGAUAUUCUCUUCCAUGAGAUGGGUAGAUCAUCUCAUGCUGGAAAUCUGAUCUUUUUUUUGUCUUGAGAACUGCACAAGAUGUUCAAAAGAUUUAGCUUCCAACUUCUGAGAUGCUCUCCAGAGAAGGAUGUCAGUGUCGGGCUUUCGCUGCCAUCUGCGUGCCGCUCCUUAGCUGAUCCCUGUCCUGCUAUUUUACCUGCAUCACCUAAAGAAUAGAAAAACCAUUGAGAACACCCUCAAACAGCUGACGGUCUUAUUACUGUUUUCUUAUCAGUUCAUCCUGCCUCUUCUUGAGCUUCUCAUACUUCUUUGCCCUCAGAGCCACCAUGACCUCUGACCAAGAAAGGAUCAGCAGACUUUCACUGUUAGAAUACAUUUGAAAGCUAAACAAGCAAGGAUCGCAAAUUCCAUUGUGGAAUCAACAGAUCAGAACUUUGGGAGGUGAUGAGCCAAUACACUUGGCCUAGCAUGAGCAAUUCCUGCUGCUCCGCUGUGACACAGAGCGUGAUGAGGGCAACGUGGUAGCCCAGGUUGUUCUUCAUGACCUCUGCGGCACUCGUCUGCCAGUAAAGCCGCUCCACCCUCCCUCCAGGGUGCUGGAUCACCACUGCCUCUGAUGCUUGGCAGUUCCCCAUCCUCCUUCCUCUCUGUCAAUGCAGGAAUGGAGAAGCUGCAGCUUCCGUUAGGUUGAAGUCUCAGAACACUUGGAUAUAUGGUAGUGUGUGUCAUGCACGGAAUGUAAUGCAGAGCUAGAGAGAAUGCUGAGGCAAGGGAAGCAUACAUGGUUGGUGGCAUGACGUCUCACUUGCAGCGGGAUGAGGGAGUUAUCAUCUACUGCUUGCAGCAGCAGCGGACAAGGGCAUGAGAUUCUUCUUGUCAUGGGUGUUUGUGGGCUGGAGAAGUCACAUUACAAGGAAGAAGAUAAGACACUGAAUCACCAAUAAAGACAACCUCGUUGCUCUUUUUCUACUCACCAGCUCAUGGGAUGGAACUUGGGGUGUUAUGGAGUGUCAAAAGCUGUGCCCUUACUGUGAUCAUAUUCAUGGCCCACUGUUACCUAAAUAGAGAUCGUCUUCUUUGUUCAUAUUUCUUUGGUGUUGCCUUUGGGCAUCAGGUAGCAGUAUGUAUGUGCUCUUUGUUGCUCCUCACCAUCAGUGUUGCUUCAGGACAUGCUUCUCGUUUCAGAGAGUCCACAAGAAACCUUAGCUCUGGGAGGUUACUUCAGCUCCAUGUUCAUUUUACAUUAUCUGCAUGGUUGAAUUAAGUAUGAUGUUUUAAGUGUUAGCUUGUUGGACUGAUGAAUACUGUAAGUUAUAAUUUGUCUAAGUUUCUUUUCCUUGGAAACAAUCCUUCCUAGUUUUGAGGUCUCUUCAUUUGGUCCACAAUCCACAUGGCCAUCAAAUUAAUCAGAGGGCAUGUGAAGUGUUGGAGUAAUCACACAGUCCAACCUCAUGCCCACUCUUUGUUCCAACGAAAAGCCAACAUGAGUUGAUGACCUAAAUAUGCCUCUCUUCCACAAAGUUCCUAAGCAUGUUGUAGUUGUUUUGUUUAACUAGAGCAUGUGGGUUCUCUUUUCAAACGCCCUUUUGUCAUAAUUAUGUUCUUGAGAGAAUAGAAUCCAUAUCAUGCUUAAGUCCACUUGGAUUGGAUUCACAUCUUUGUUUUAUUCUAAAACCAUCGAGUCAAGAUAAUCCAUGAUAUGUUUUCAUCUCAUGUGCAAGAUCUUAAUCUACAUAUUGUUUCUGAAAAAUAGUAACAUGGCUCUUCAAGAUAUCUCAUCAUCCAUAGUUGUGACUUCUAUGUAUUAUUGGAUUAAUUAGAAUGAACCUUGUCCCAUUAUAGGACAUGGAUGAAUUAUUAUGUUUGUGUGCUGUUUCUAAGCAAAGUUACAGAAGAUUUAGUAGUUUAUUUUGGUCUACAAUGUUGUUCAGACAGAGGGACAGUAGCAAAGAAGGUAGAGAGAUUGUGAGCAUGAGAAGAACUGCUACAAGACACCAACACAAAGGAAAUGGACAGACUUGCAGUGUCAGUAGGAAAAUGCUUUCCUUGUUGAUCUGCUUUGCUGGUUUAAAUGCAACACAAACACAGCCUGUGCCAAGUUUCAGGCAUGACUGGGGACUCCAUAAUGCAUUCAUCUCUGCGAGUAGCUCCAUUAUUACUGGCUUGCAGCUGCCACCACAAAGGUCCAAUUGCAGAAGAAGGAUUCUUGAAUAUCAAAAACAAUAGAAUGAAUUGAUAUUUUGAUUAAUGUGUUAUCCAAACUGGAUGCUUUGAUGGGUAAAAAGACUAAUUUCAGCAAUUUAUGUGUGUAAUUUUGAUGAUAUAAUUGGAUGGUUGGACUGCAGACAAGAAUAACAUGCAGUGUUCUAAUGGAUAAACAAGUUUCUUCUCUGCAUCAUUUUCCAACCACAUCUCAUAUAUGAACAUGCCAAAAACUGAAAGAAACAAGAUGUAGAUUAACUUGUCAACCUUGUGAAUAGAUUCCACAAGCAGAUGUGAUUUCUUC